CGUUAAAUAGCACUAAACCCCGCCCACAGCAUUCGUCCAGUUCAUUCGGGGUUCACACGGUCACACUCAUAUCCACUGUCAGUGUUUAAAAAAGUGAAUGAAAAAAAACUCCCAGAACCAGGAUGUUGUCUUUGGCCACAUCAGGCCAAACGGGAGCCCGCCAAUUUGUGACUGCGGCUCGAGGGAGAUUUAUGAGGGAUGGCAGGUGCUCGUUUACCCGUUUGCCAGAAUUUUCCCCUAUGACCAGACAUAUGGGCCGGUGCUUUUCCAGAUCCUCCUUUAACCACGACAGAUGCUUCAGUGCAACAGCUGCUAGAAGGAGCACUUCAUCACCUUCAGCCAAUCAGAAAACACCGUCCUACAGUUACGUCGUUGUCGGGGCAGGAUCAGCGGGCUGCGUCCUUGCCAACCGUCUCAGUGAGGAUGCCCAUGAGUCUGUGCUGCUUCUGGAGGCUGGGCCUAAGGACAUGUUGCUAGGCAACGUACAACUCUCAUGGAAGAUCCACAUGCCGGCUGCGUUGACCUACAACCUCUGUGAUGACAAGUAUAACUGGUACUACCACACUUUGGCCCAGGCACACAUGGACAACCGGGUGAUGUACUGGCCGAGGGGCCGCGUCUGGGGCGGGUCCUCUUCUCUCAACGCCAUGGUGUACAUCCGCGGACACGCUGAAGACUACAACCGCUGGCAGAGGGAGGGGGCCGAGGGCUGGGAUUACGAACACUGUCUGCCUUACUUUAGGAAAGCUCAGUGUCAUGAGCUGGGAGAAAACAGGUACCGGGGGGACAGUGGACCUCUUCAUGUGUCCAGAGGGAAGACCAACCAUCCCCUUCACCAAGCUUUUAUUGAGGCGGGGCAACAGGCAGGAUACCCCUUCACGGAUGACAUGAACGGACACCAACAGGAGGGCUUGGGCUGGAUGGACAUGACCAUUUAUAAAGGAAAGAGGUGGAGCACAGCCAGCGCCUACCUGAGACCUGUCCUGGGUCGACCCAACCUGAAGACGGAGGUGCGCUGCUUGACCACCAAGAUCCUGUUUGAUGGCAACCGUGCCGUUGGUGUAGAGUACACACAGAAAGGACAAAAGAAAAGGGUGUUUGCCGAUAAAGAGGUGAUAUUAAGCGGAGGAGCCAUUAACUCCCCUCAGCUUCUCAUGCUGUCUGGGGUGGGAAACGCUGAUGACCUGAAACAACUCGGUAUCGCUGCAGUUCAGCACUUACCAGGUGUUGGCAGUAACCUGCAGGAUCAUUUGGAGUUAUACAUCCAGCAGCAGUGCACUCAGCCCAUCACCCUGUACAAGGCCCAGAAACCUUUCCGCAUGGUUAAGAUAGGCCUGGAGUGGCUCAGUCAGUUCACUGGUUAUGGAGCAACAGCCCACUUGGAGAGCGGAGGGUUCAUCCGCAGUCGACCACAUGUCGCACACCCCGACAUCCAGUUUCACUUCCUGCCCUCACAGGUCAUCGACCACGGUCGAGUUGCCUCCCAGAUAGAGGCGUAUCAGGUUCAUGUUGGACCAAUGAGGAGCACCAGUAUCGGCUGGAUGAAGCUGAAGAGCGCCAGCCCUUUGGAUCACCCGAUCCUCCAGCCGAACUAUCUCUCCAGCGAUGUUGAUGUGUGUGAGUUCAGGGAGUGUGUCAAACUCUCCAGAGAGAUUUUUACCCAGAAGGCCUUCGACCCGUUCCGUGGUCCCGAAGUCCAGCCUGGUCCUCAGGUCCAAUCCGACGCCGACAUUGACGCUUUUGUCCGCCGAAAAGCUGACAGCGCUUACCACCCGUCCUGCACCUGCAAGAUGGGCUCGCCAUCCGACCCGGCGGCGGUCGUCGACUCCAGUGUGCGCGUUCUGGGGCUCGAGCGGCUGCGAGUGGUCGACGCCUCCAUCAUGCCCAGCAUCGUCAGCGGCAACCUGAACGCUCCGACCAUCAUGAUGGCAGAGAAGGCCGCCGACAUCAUCAGAGGUCACGCUCCUCUCGUUGACCCAGGGGUUCCCGUGUACCAACCUCCGACACUCGCCACGCAGCGAUGAGCAGAGGAACCGAGUAACGGGUGAACGGUUCACAGCGCAAUGAUCGGCGUAUUCUGUGUUCUGUGAUCAAUAUCAGUUUUAGAUGUGUAGUCACAGGCUAACAACAAUUAUGAAGGGCUUUUUCAAUUCAAAGCCAUAAUGUUGUGAUAAUUUUAGCAGUUUACAUGUGAAAUUCUGUUUGAAUUUAGACAUAAAGUCCUGGUGCUCCAGGAUGGCAUGACGUGGUUACUGGGAAAUAUGCUGAGCAAUUGCAACCGCAUUGUGAACAGAAUGGAAAAGUGCUUCUCUGGAAGUUUGACAAACUUACUCGUGUAGAUUCCCCUCACGUCACCUCAUUUUAUCAGCAGAAGCAAUUCCAGUUAGAUGAAGCUAACAUGGAAAAGGUAUUGGGCAACAGCAGACUGGACAGGAGUAUUGCAUUAUUAGCUCACAGGCUUUAGUUGCCUUUUGGUUCAGGAUGCUGAACGGUGCUGUCAAUUUCACUCGUGUUUAUACAUUUGUUCUUAAUGUAUCGUGGAUGCUUUUGAAGAGUAUUGUUUAUAACUGAUCAGAUUAUACCACCUGUGCCUGUAAAGUCAUCAUUGUUAUUAUUGUUAUUAUUAUGCUGGUUCAGUCCAGCCAGGAAUGAUACACGUUGGUGUUAAGUACAUUUUAGAAACAGCCUCACUGAACAGUCUUUGAUUUAAAUGAAAUGAACAUGUUUUUAUUAUCAACACUAAUAUGGGCAAGUGCUAGAAUUAAUUCAAGUUGUGUCUUACUAAGCUUUGCACUACUCUAUUAAGUAUUUUCAUUAGUGACAAUUAUUGUUUACAUUUUAUGCAGUGUUGUGCUAUAUUACAUGAGUGUUUAAAUCGUUUGUGUCCUAAUGAAGGAGUAACACUUUGAUUGUAAAGGGGAAAUUACUGUGAAAGUUCUUACAGCCUUUCUGUCUUCUAUUUUCCUCGUGUUAGCUGUAAACAAACACGUGUGAGUUGUAAACAAAUGCGAGAAGCUGUGCUGACCUUGUCCUUGUGACUUUAUUCAGUGAUCCUUACAAAAAUUCUCAGCAGGUUCAUUGUCAAGAAUUAAAAUGUACAAAACAGGCUUUUUGUUUUCCAUUGGUACAAAAUCUAUAAGGUACUAAUACUUGUGCUACAGGGUAGAUAGAGUUAUAUUUGUUUGAUUUCCAUAUAACAAAUGGAUAGAAAGCAGAAGUCAUCACUUUUUAUAAACACUAUGCAGAUUGUAUACAUUGUUGUCAUUUCAUAGACGUCUGUUAAGCAGUGGACCAGUACAAAAAAAUAAAGCCGUCAGUUGUUUUUGUCACUGCUUCUUUUGAUAAAAGUCUAAAUGUUGAUGCGUUUUGAUACUUGUACUGUGAAUAAGCAGCGUAUGAAUAUUUGUACUGGUGUUGCUGGCUGUCAGUUAUUCUCUGUUUGAUUGUAUUGACUCAAAAUGAACUGGACUAUACAAAGUCA